GUAAGUAAGAAGGAGCUUGGGGCACAAGCUAGGUACCCCUCCCACCAAGUUAAUUAAACAUCAAUCUCAUCGUCCAGCUUGGAUGCGCAUAACAGAGCAUCGCGAUGAUCAACGCCGUGCUGGUCUUUAACAACUCGGGCCAGCCUCGUCUGACCAAAUUCUAUACACAACUGGAAACAAGCGUCCAGCAGCGCUUGAUAUCAGAAAUAUUUACGCUUGUAGCCAAUCGUCCAAAUUCGUCAUGUAACUUUCUCCCUCUUCCGCCCCUAUUGGCCAACAGCAGCAAAUCAACUACGCCGGGCGCUCAACACAAUGAUACACCAUCCCUCGUUACGUAUCGACAUUAUGCCACGUUGUACUUUAUCGUCAUAUCCACAUCGACCGAAUCACCUCUUGCCCUCCUUGACUUCAUACAAGUCUUCGUGGAAGCUCUUGAUCGCUUGUUUGAGAACGUCUGCGAACUGGAUCUCAUUUUCAAUUUCGAGACGCUCCAUGCCACGCUGGGUGAGAUGAUAGUUGGGGGUGUGGUCGUAGAGACUGGGCUUGACAAAGUGGUUGAAGGCGUGCGAAGCCAAGGAAAGGUUGCUAAGAGGCCGGUGAAUGAAAGCAAAGGAGGACUUACACUCAGUGGCUUCGGCAGAGGGGAGGUACCAUGGGCUGGAAGGUAGUUGAUUUCAGAUGAGACAUUUAAGCAAUAAGGAUAGUCACUCUCGAACUUCCUCCGAGCUCACAAAGGUGUUGUACUCAACAAUACGUCAAUCAAAGCCUGACCUGGCUCUUCGUUGACCUACGAGAGCUACCAAAAGCAUCGAAUCAUGUAGGGAACGUCUCGAGCUGUGGCACAGCUAGCGACACAGGACCAUAUAAGAUUGGGCGAAGCAAUUCCCUGGCUGAACGCACAGGGGUGACAAAGUGUCACAUUAAUUUAGAUAUUAAACGGUCAGUGAUACCCAAUGAGCCGACUAUCAUAAUAAUGAAGGCCCUCAGUUGAAAAUUUUUGGUGACAUUUUAGUGGGUCAGCCCCAUAUAUGAGUCAGAACAUGAAAUCCCGCUUCAGAUAAACAACGUUCCCCGAUAAAUGAAGAAGUUGCAG